AUGAAUGCUAUCGUCAAGUCGGCAGUAUAUCUUACGGCAAUCGGCGGAAUCGGUUACGUAUUACUGGAGGUGACCAAACCGAGCAAGGCCAGACUAGACGAACUGAAGCGCCAACAUCAACGCGGCAGUGCCGAAGCUGCAGAAGCUCAAAGCAAAAAAGCUCUAUUUAUGCAAAAGAUAAAGGAAGCAGCCGAGAGCAAGGAACCGAUAUAUUUGAAGAAAAAGGAAGAUUAA